AUGGAAGAACACUAUGGUAAAUUCCUUGAGCUUUUUAAGCAACUUCAUAUAAAUUUACCAUUUGUUGAUGCACUUGCUCAAAUGCCCGAGUAUGCCAAGUUUCUAAAGGAUAUCUUAUCCAACAAAAAGAAACUUGGGGAGCUUUCCAAUGCAUUAGCUGAUCUUGGAGCUAGCAUAAACCUCAUGCCAUAUGCGGUUUUUGCUAAGCUAGAGUUGGGAGAGCCCAAGCCGACUCGUAUCAGCAUGCAGCUAGCCGACCGUUCAGUGAAGUACCCUCGAGGCAUAGUUGAGAAUAUGCUGGUGAAAAUCGACAAGUUUGUCUUUCCUGUCGAUUUUGUGAUUCUAGACAUGGACGAGGACAAAAAUGUUCCACUUAUCUUAGGACGCCCAUUCCUAGCCACUGUGAGAGCCUUGAUAGAUGUCUGCACGGGUAGACUUACUUUUAGGGUUAAUGAUGAGGAGGUUACCUUUGAUAUUGGGAAAUCCAUGCAACACUCACAGAGUUAG